CGGUUUGCUUUGGCCAACUAGAUUGGUUUUCUCAACUCCUCUCCAAAUCCAUCACUCAAAGAAUAAACUAUGCAUCUUUCCCAAUGUGGGUUAAAAAUAAAAAUGAAAGGAGACGAAGUAAUUCGAUGUGUUUUUUCUUGGGGCCAAUUCUAACUAGAUAUAUUUAUGGAACCCAAGGGAGGAUUAAGCAUAUGGGUAGCCCUAAAGCCCAAGUUCCAGGCCUACCAAAUAGCACAUCAGAACCUUUGAAAUUGAAACAGGUGAUUAUUCUAUUACUAAUGUGUAUUUAUUUACUAAAAACCUAAUGUUUAUAGCACGAGGAGGGGGGAAUAGCUAGUACUCCUACAAGACUAUUUAUCAGUGAGACAGGAUGCUUUCCAUCCUCUUAACAUGCUCAGCACAAAAUACCGAUUAACGGUAGCGGCACAACCAUCAUCCAUAUUGUAAUAAGAUUUCAGCAUGUCGAACAUCCAAGAUGUACGAUAAAAGGGUAAAAUCAAAUUUUAAUGUGUCUUCUUAGGCAGAAUGAUGUAAAAAGGCCAGAGGGCAGAACAGUGCAGUUGAAGUUAACACUACUAAUAUAAUACUUCUUCCAUCCCAAAUUACUUGUCCCAGAAAUGGAUUCUGCGACAAGUAAUUCCGGACGGAGGGAGUAUAUGACUGGCCAGUGGGAAAAAUAAAAACUUUAUGCCAAUGUAGAAAAUGCAGGAGGGUGAUAAUAAUCCACAAGGUAAGCUUCCUAUUAAGUGUAGAAACUAUGAGCAAUGAGCAGAGGUGCAUGGCAUUAUACAUUUGCAGUUAAAAAGCAACCUAUUAAGUGUAGAAACUAUGAGCAAUGAGCAGAGGUGCAUGGCAUUAUACAUUUGCAGUUAAAAAGCAAGGCUUCUUAAGGAACAUACUGGAGACUUUUCUGGACUGGCGCUAUGCCGCUCUAGCCUUCUCUCCUCCUCUGCUUUCCCUCCCCCCUCUCUCCACAUAAUCUUGUUUUUGUUCUCUAAUCUCCUACUCUUUCUCCCAUCUACUUUUCUGAUUACUUCGCUUUCCCUCCUGCUAUUUCGUUGCCUCUCCCUCGUUUUUUCCCUUCGCUAGUUAGAUGUGAAUAUGGACAGAUCUUGUACUCGCAUGGAAGAUCCUGAUGCUCUUCCGCAGAAGGCGGAUCUGAGAAGAGAUGGAGUAAAUCAAGUCUCGCAGCUUUCCUCUCGGGUUGUGAGGUCAGAUCCUGGGAUUGAACUCAACAUGCAAGCGUUGUCGAUCAAUGAGCCGGAGGUAGUUCAUAUUCAGGCUGAGCAGUACAGGCAAGAAGAGGGUCAGGAUGCAGAGUUCAAUAUUUUGAUGAAGCUUGCAUCUACAGGAGGUCCUAUCAGGGUUCUUUCCCUUCAGGCUGUGCAGCAAUCUAUGGCGCAUGGAAGGAUAACUAUUAUGGUAUAUCACAAUUAUCAAGGUACAUCUUUGUGGCUCAUUUUCGUUCUUUGGAUGCUGUUAUGUUUGUCAUUACUCGUCAGCCUUGGAGCAUGGGUUCAGACAAUUUCUUGCUUGAAUGGAUGGAUCCGGAGGAGCAAAAUAGGAAUAUUCAGGACUAUAAGUUUGACACUAUCUACGUGACUAUUCGGAUUUAUGGUAUUUCCAUGAGAUUCAGAACUCAAGCUCUACUUGCAAACAUCUUGCAAAGUGUUGGCCAGAUCUCAGAAUUUCAUCCUAUAAAUCAGAGUAUGAUCUUUGCUAGGGAGAAUUACAUUUGGGGUACCAUUAAAGAUCAGGUUAGUAAAGCAGUCAGAGAUAGAGUUUGGGUUAAUUUUGCCAAGGAUUCUGCUGGUUGGGCUUACUUAUUCUAUGAGAAAAUUGGCAGAAUCUGCACUUUUUGUGGAGUUAUGUUUCAUAGUGUUCAGCAUUGCAAGAUCAGAAAUAGUGUUCUCAUUUCAAGAAACAGGCUGCAAGUUUCUUUGGAAGAAAUCUCACCAAAUAGAUUUGGGCAGUGGAUGACUAAUGCAGAGUUGAUUCCUACUCUUUCAGGAGGAAAUGUUCAGGCAGAAGCAAAUUCAUUCUCAUCUUUCAUCAAUCCUCAGCUAGCAAGGUUGCAGAAGCAGUUCAUAGAGGAUCCCAAAGGAAAAGGAAAGAUGUCAGAAGAGGAUUCUGCUGAUAAAGGAAAUCAGAAGGAAUUAUCUUUAAGGAAAAUUAAUGAACAAAAUAAAAGAAUGGAAGGAGACAAUUCUUCAAAAAAUACAGAGCUCCAGAUAAUUCAAAAGCAGGUUGGAGUUAAUACUGCUCUACCUAAUUUCAUUCACAGUCAGCAGCAGAGUCAAAGCGGUGAUUUAAUGGAUACAACGGUGUUACCAGAUGCAGGUAAUAAGGAGACAGAUGUUGGGCGAAGCAAUUACGUAGAAGGAGGGCAAGUUGAAGCCCUUCAGCAUUCAGUACAGCAAAGUGGUUCUCUUGCUGACCCGGAGCAGGUAGGGGGUGCAAAACAGUCAGGCCCAUUAUCUCAGCAGUUGCCAGGCCCUCCGUGCACGUCUGCUGAAGAGAUGCAUAUUCAGGGACAGAGAUAUGAGCCAGAUUUGGACCAGCGGACUGCCCAAAAUAAUCCUCUUCGCCUCGCAGAUAUUCCUAGUCUGUGCGUUGUCCCUUCAUCUCACUUUGUGCAGACUUCCCCUACCUCUGUUAUUCAAAUGCAUUUGGAGGACAAAGUUUCCGAUGCAAAUGUCGCUAUUUGUCCUUCCCCUUCCCCGGGCACAACUCUUUUCCCUUCUCCUACCCGCCAUCCCAUCCCCUCGCCUACUCGAUCCAGUCCCAAACGUACAUCCGCCUCGCUUUUUGGUAUCCCCUCUCCUCCGGCGAAGAAGGCUGCUAGUCAAUCAAGCUUACUCGGUGCUCCGCCCGACACACAAGUUUUCAUUGGACAAUCAUAUCCAGCUGGUGGUGUGGGAGCCGCCCCUGUUCUUAAUGACGGUGUUGCCAGCACUGUGGUAAGGAGUUCAGUCAGAGGAGCUUUUUUGGGGGGCGCUGAGUUUCCUGGAUCCACAACAUCUCAGCGGAGCUACCAUCGAUCUAGGAAUAGCAGAUGGGACAUUCCUCCGAACGGCGAAUCUGGAAGUGUGUGUCCUAAUUUCCAUGGGUUACUUCGCAAUCGUGCUCGUUCUUCCACUUGGAAGCGCGACAGCGGCUCAGCUCAACUGGACAGUAGCAAUAAUGGGUGCACAAGCCGAUGCAAAAAUUUGGGGAGCAUGACUUUUGAAGCCAGCACUGAACAGGGCGGAUCAGUUAUGGCAUUUCGUCAGCACGAAGGAGGAAGCUAUGAUCCCUCGACCCUGAGCACACCUUCGCCGUCUGUUAGUGAGGGUACAGUUGGAUCCCGUCAGGGGGCUUUCUCUCCUCCUGGCAUUGAUCGCCUCCAUCACAAGGGUCUGCAUGUUCAUGGUAGCAUUUGUAGCCCUAUAGCUCAAGUCACAAUGGAAAAUCAAGAUGACUCUAGUACACUGGAUAUCAACAAGAAUCAGUCUGGACAUAACAUGGAGUUGGAUGAUGAUGCAGAUAGGAACUUAGCGCAAUCCUUUUCUCGGGCAGCGGCGCAUGGCCCUAACGCGCCUCGGGCGCCAUGAAAGCCAUAGAUUGGAAUUGCCGAGGUAUGGGUCGGGGCCUCGGUAGCGAUCGAAUGUUGUUCCUGGCGAAUCUGAUCCGUUCUACGAAAGCUCAGAGGUGCUUCAGGAGGGCUCUGGCUUAUGUGGAAUGAUGAUCUUAAAGUCUCUGUUCAUAGUUCCUCCUUUCACUUUAUCCUAGCCAAUGUAGUUCAUCUAGCCUCGGGGGUUCACUUUUGUUUGAUAUGUAUAUAUGGUGAUCCUUAUCAUAGGCAGACUAGUGCCAUUUGGAAUCAGGUUUCCACUUUUGUGUAUGAUAACCUCGGAAAACCCAUGAUCUGUAUGGGAGACCUUAAUGAUAUUUUGUAUGAUACGGAUGGCUGUAAUGGUAGUGUAAAUUAUUUUCGUA